AUGUAUGAUAAAAAAUUAAAGAUGUGUGAGCAUAUAACAUACUUUCAAGGCAAAGAUCCCAUAUUAAUUAAACAAACUCAACGAACAGUCAUUGUGACUCCACGUAAUGUAGCUCUUAGCGUAAUAGCUUUGGAUUUAUUUAAACAUACUUGUAAAGAAACAGUAUAUGCUAUUCAAUUUGUUCUUUGUUGUGCAUUAUUCGAUCAAAAAGUUAUAAUUGAUACACCAAUUCCAUUUCGAGGUUGCUCGGCUAUCAAAGAUUGGGAUCCUCGCCUUACUGGUCCUUCGAUUGCACGAAUGCAAAGUUAUAUUAGAGAAGGAGAAACAUAUAGCUUGAGAAGAACUUAUUGUUUGCCUCGUAGUAUUGGAGAGAUUGUACGCCCAUCUGUUCCUUCUACAUCUGAUCCUUCUACAUAUAGACGUCCUCCCUCUGAUCCUUCUACAUCAAAUCAUCGUCAACUUGAGGUACACACAUCUGCAUUCGCAGAAUAUUAUGAAUUAGUUGUACGUGAUGGAGAAUUUGAUGUCGCCACGCAACGUGAAAUUUUGAAACUAUGGAAUAAACUAAGGACUAAUUAUUCUAGUUUCAGACAGUUUUUUGAGACUGAGUUCCUUUGCAGCAGAUUUAAAUCAAUCAAUUGA